UUCGCCUAAGAUGCUUCGCUUCCGGGUUGAAACAGCGCACUAGCCGCUUGCAUAUUGUUUCGGACGAACGCCUCGUUCAAGUUUACUUUGGAAAAUGUCCCGAGGCUCAAGUGCUGGGUUUGAUCGCCACAUUACCAUCUUCUCUCCUGAAGGAAGGCUUUAUCAAGUCGAAUAUGCUUUUAAGGCUAUUAAUCAAGGUGGACUCACAUCAGUCGCCGUCCGUGGGAAGGACUGUGCGGUUGUCGUCACACAGAAAAAAGUACCGGACAAGCUUCUGGAUUCCGCCACAGUGACCCACCUUUUCAGAAUAACAGAUAACAUUGGAUGUGUAAUGUCCGGAAUGACAGCUGACAGUCGGUCCCAAGUUCAGCGCGCUCGCUACGAGGCAGCCAACUGGCAGUACAAGUACGGCUAUGAGAUUCCGGUGGACAUGCUGUGUAAGAGAAUUGCAGACAUCUCUCAAGUCUACACGCAGAAUGCCGAGAUGAGACCGCUGGGCUGCUGUAUGAUUGUGAUCGGCAUCGACGCGGAAUGCGGGCCGCAAGUCUACAAAUGUGACCCGGCAGGCUACUACUGCGGCUUCAAAGCCACCGCCGCCGGGGUGAAGCAGACCGAAGCCACCAGCUUCCUGGAGAAGAAGGUGAAAAAGAAAUUGGACUGGACCUUCGAGCAAACUAUCGAGACGGCAAUCUCUUGUCUGUCAACUGUCCUCUCCAUUGACUUCAAGCCCUCCGAGCUUGAGGUGGGCGUGGUUACGACGCAAGACCCCAAGUUCAGGAUUCUGACGGAGGCCGAAGUGGAUACUCACCUGAUGUCCCUGGCAGAGCGGGACUGAGCGAGAAGAGGAAGUGUGCCCUGUUUUGAAUUUAGUAAGAGCGAGAUGGGAUAUGCUGCUCUCACAAUGGAGGCUGGCGUUAUCUCGGUUUGCUGUACAUUUCCCCCACCGAUACAUUCAACAAUUAAAAAAAAAAUGUUUUGGAGUAAAAUAA